CUUUUUUAAACAGCAAAAGCGACGAUCCAGGACACCCACCUUAACAGCGCCUGAUUUUACUUCGAACAAUUCAAUUUGCUUUCAAUAUCUGGUGCGCCUCCAAUCAUCAUGGUUCGAGGCAGGGCCACCGCCCGCGGCACGCGGAGAACCGCCGCUGCAACCGACAGACCACAACCAGAAGCCGGAGAACCGGUCGCCACAACCUCAGAACAGCCUGCUGCUGCGGCUGCUGAUUCAACAGAAGCUUCACCGGCCCCCAGAAUGAGAGGAGGAGCAUCUGCCAGGGCCACACGAGGAGGUGGUACAGCGCGGUUCAGACCAAAGGCCGUCCGUCGAGAGGAGGCCGAUCGAGACACCCUAGCCAAGCAGGAAGAAAAGAAGGCCAGCGAUCGAGCUGCAGCAGAGAGAAAAGCAUUGGGUCGUUCACGGUUCCGCAGCAAGCGCAGUCGUGGUGAUGCAAUGGGAAGCAGAGGCGGUACAUUUGGGCGGCCCAUUACUACAGCGAGUGGUCCAUUUGCAAGCGGCCAGGCAGGCGCAGGUGGUAUGAAAUCAGGUGGAUGGUUUGGAUCUAGUGGUGGAGGCGGCGGUGGAGGCGGCCGUCCUGGAUACAAGUCCGAGGGUGGUCCUGGAUUUGGUGUAGCGCGCGAAUCACGAGAAAUGCGAAUCAAUGCCGACCGACUAUACGGAGUAGCGCCCGACGAAGAGCUCAACAGCGACGACGAAGACAUGAUUGCUGCUUUGAACAACCGAGAACCGUCGUUGCUGCCAAUGGGUGUCUUUAGACAGAAGCACAAGGAAGCUGAGGUGGUUGUGAGAACAACAGCCGAGUUGGAAGCCGCUGAAAACGCUACGGAAGACGCAGUGGAAGAAAGUCUAUGGGUGGACAGCGGAACCAUUACGCCAGAAGACAAGCCCGAAGUGGGCGUGUGGGAGACCGAGUCGAAGCAUCCCGUGGUGGUCAAGGCAGAGCCUGGCGACGAGGACGCCAUGGAGAUUGAUGCCAGCAUCAAGCCUGCGCCCAAGAAGGAAAAGACGGUCCAAUUCAAAAAGACAGUACCAAGAGACCCAGAGGAUGCUGUCAUUCAGCAAGAUCUGGAUAUGCUUGCCAGAGAGCUGGGAGCCGUCACCAUGGACAAGGAAGGCGAGUCCAUCACAGAAGUGGCCAACAAGGACGGCCGUCUAUACCUCUUCCAAUUCCCGCCUGUCAUGCCACCACUAAAGCAGGACGACGCCGCGCCAAAAUCCAAAGUUAAGGACGAGCCGUCGGAAGCUGCGGGAGGUGAUUCCGGUAUGGUAGACCUCACAGCCGAGGACGAAGCAAAGGAUAAUGACGACGACGACGACUCCUCUGAUGAGGAAGAUGAAAAAGAGCAAAUGGAGAAGAAGAUUGAAAAGGACGGCUUCCGAUCACAAUUCCUCUCACAGGGCGGCAUGAUUGGCAAGCUCAACGUGCGCAAGUCGGGCAAGGUCGAGCUUGUCUGGGGCGGGCGCGUCAUGGAGAUGAGCCCUGCAGCCAGCAUGAACUUUCUGACAACGGCCGUGAUUGUCGAGGAGAGCGAUGUCAAGCCAACAAACGGCACGUCUACAACGCCUGGUCCGUCUGGUGGCGAAUGUGUAGGCAUGGGCAAGAUCAUGGGCCGCUUCACGGUGGCGCCGGUCUGGGAAGACGAGGACGAGUGGGUUGUUGGUGAAGAGGAGUUGCAGAUUCCCUCCAAUUAAGCAUUUUGUUUUGGAUUUCUUUUAUGCAAUGCAUUUUGUAUCAAGACGGGCGUAUAUAGCGAAUAGAUCUCUUGGGGUAGUGGUUAGAAUAUCAUGUCCGUCGUAGUCGUCGGCGGGCCAGUUCAGCAACGGAAACAAAAAAAAUACUAAAUUCAUCUGAUGAAUCUCUAUCCUAUUAUAUUU